CCUCCCCGAAAAGCCAUCGUAAUGGGCAAACUCUCCUCCGAAGACACAACCUGGGUCUCCGAGCUCUCCGACUGGGAGUCAGCAAUCUACAUCGUCGACCUCCAACUCAACGCAACCUCACCGUCCGGCCAUCGAACAAAAAUCAACAAAUCCAAAGAAGCCCUCCCCUACCUAACCUACAUCGUCGAAAACCACUCCAACUUCCCCGAAACCGCAGUCUUCGUCCACGCCCAUCGCAACGGUUGGCCUCAAGCCUGGCACAACGACGCACCAAACUACGACGCAGUCCAAAUGCUCCAAACUCUCAACCUCGAAUACGUACAACAACAAGGCUAUGUCAAUCUGAGAUGUAAAACCGACGUCGGCUGCCCGAACGAGAUGAUUUUGAAUCGAACUCCACCGAACCCCAUUAAAAAUGCUGAACAUGCGUAUCCUCAUGUGUACGCUGCGUUCUUCGAUAUGAGUGUUGAGGAUGUCCGAGAAAAAAUUCCCGUCGUGGCUACGCCUUGUUGUGCUCAAUUUGCUGUGAGUAAGGAACAGGUUCUGAAGAGGGGGAAAGAGGAGUAUGAAAAAUUUCUGGAUUUGGUUUUGGAGUCGGAGUAUGAUGAUGAGACGCUUGGCACUGUGUUGGAGUAUAUGUGGCAUAUGAUUUUUGGGAAAGAUGCGGUGCAUUGUCCGGAUGUUGGGGAGUGUUAUGAGAGGGUUUAUGGG